CUGAUGGAAAACUACACAUACAACAGCAUCAUACUGCAGAUGGAAGGAUUACAACUCUCCAAAGACUCUGUGUACCCUGCCUUUUUCUUUUUCUUUUUUUCCUAUAUUUUUAUCAUGGUUGCUAAUGCCGGCAUUGUAGUUCUAGUUUUCAUUGACAAGAAUCUUCAUCAGCCCAUGUAUCUGCUUUUCUGCAACCUGCCAUUUAAUGACAUCCUUGGAAAUACAGCUACAGUUCCCCGUCUGCUGGUAGAUAUCCUGUAUCCUCCAUCUGAGCGUCUCAUCAGUUAUUAUGAGUGUGCAAUCCAAGCUUUCAGCACACACAUGUUCGGCACCACGUCACACACCAUCCUCAUGAUCAUGGCUUUUGACAGAUACGUGGCCAUCUGCAAUCCUCUGCGCUAUGGUGUCAUAAUGACCAACAGGAUGGUGGUGAAGCUGACGGUGUCUGCCUGGGGAGUGGCCGCUGUUUUUGUCGGGAUUCUGAUUGGUCUGACCAUCCGACUGAACACAUGCAGGACUCUGAUCACUAAUCCUUACUGUGACAACGCCUCUCUGUUCAAACUCUCCUGUGAGAGUGUGGUCAUCAACAACAUCUACGGCAUUACAUUCACCAUACUUCUGCUUGUAUCUUCUAUCGGUACCAUUGUUAUCACCUACACUAAGAUCACAGUAGUGUGUCUGACCAGUAAGAACAAGUCUCUGAACAGUAAAGCCUUGAAGACCUGCAGCACUCAUCUGGUCGUGUAUCUGAUAAUGAUAUUUAGUGGAAUGUCGCUCAUUGCUCUGCAUCGUUUUCCUCAGUAUGCAGAGUACAGAAAAUUUUGCAGCAUUUUCUUUCACAUUGUCCCCUGCAGCCUCAACCCCAUAAUUUAUGGGGUUCAGUCCAAAGAGAUAAGAAAGUACUUGUCAAAGUUUAGUGUGUCCAAGAAAAUUUCACCAUUUCAAGAAAGAUAAUAACCUGGAUGAUCUCUUUGUUCUGCUAAUGUUGCUUUCCUUAUUCUUUACUCAGAUGCAUGUAUUAUUGUAUCUGCUUGUUUCCCUGUUUCUUCUGUCCCCACCCUCUAUUUUUUUUUCUGCCUCAACCCAACUGGCUAGAAAGCAGAAAAAACAUACAUGUUUAUGUCUACAAAUGUAACUAAGAUAUGUAAUGUAAUCCAGAAAUUAGUGUAUUAGUAAGUACUGA